GACUCUUCAGUAAUGCUCUAUAGUAGCGUUUUCCACCCAAUUUCUCCUCAAAAUCACACUUUCACAAUUAAGCAUUAGAGAACGAUCACUUUUGAUUUGUUUCUUUAUCCGCCAAAUUGUGAAAGGUGGAAGGAACUAAAAACAUUUUUUUUAUCUAAUUUUGACUUCUUUUUUUAACUUGCAGGAUUCAAGUCUAUCUGUCAAACUGUAAGCCCUCACAGAUUGUUAUUGCAGUCUGAGGGCCCAACACUUGGAUUUAGAAAGGAUUUUUAUUUUUUUUUCUUCUUAUUUUUUGCUGCAAGAAGCUGAUCUAUAAUUUUUGUUCGCAUGAAUCUCCUCGAUCCUUACCUGAAGAUGGCAGAAGAACAGGAGAAGUGUCUCUCUGACGCUCCCAGCCCCAGCAUGUCUGAGGACUCCGCAGGCUCGCCGUGCCCGUCUGGCUCCGGCUCGGACACUGAAAACACCCGGCCGUCCGACAACCACCUCCACCUGGGGCAAGACUACAAGAAGGAGAACGAAGAAGAGAAGUUCCCCGUGUGCAUCAGAGACGCCGUGUCCCAGGUGCUGAAGGGCUACGACUGGACGCUGGUGCCCAUGCCGGUGCGCGUUAACGGCUCCAGCAAGAACAAACCUCACGUCAAAAGACCCAUGAAUGCAUUUAUGGUCUGGGCUCAAGCGGCACGGAGAAAACUGGCCGAUCAAUACCCGCAUUUGCACAACGCGGAACUCAGCAAAACUCUGGGAAAACUUUGGAGACUCCUCAAUGAGGUGGAGAAGCGGCCGUUCGUGGAGGAAGCGGAGCGCCUGCGGGUGCAGCACAAGAAGGAUCACCCGGACUACAAAUACCAGCCCCGGCGGAGAAAGUCUGUGAAGAACGGUCAGAGCGAACCCGAGGACGGCGAGCAAACCCACAUCUCUCCAAAUGCGAUCUUCAAAGCGCUGCAGCAGGCCGACUCUCCGGCGUCAAGCAUGGGCGAGGUCCACUCUCCAGGAGAGCAUUCAGGUCAGUCACAGGGACCACCAACACCCCCGACUACUCCUAAGACAGAUCUCCCUUCCAGCAAAGUUGACCUGAAGCGCGAGGGGCGCCCCAUGCAGGAGGGCACCAGCCGCCAGCUCAACAUAGACUUUGGAGCGGUGGACAUUGGUGAGCUGAGCAGUGACGUCAUCUCCAACAUUGGAAGCUUCGAUGUAGAUGAGUUCGAUCAGUACCUGCCACCACACAGCCACGCUGGCGUGACUGGCGCGGCCCAGGCCGCCUACACCGGCAGCUACGGCCUCAACAGCUCCUCCGUCGGGCAGGCCCCCGGUGCUGGAGCCCACACCUGGAUGUCCAAGCAGCAGCAGCAGCAGCAGCAUUCUCUGACCACCCUGGGUGGAGGAGGAGAGCAGGGCCAGCAGGGCCAGCAGAGAACCACCCAGAUUAAGACAGAGCAGCUGAGUCCCAGUCACUACAGCGAGCAGCAGGGCUCCCCGCAGCAUGUCACCUAUGGGUCCUUCAACCUACAGCACUACAGCACAUCCUCUUACCCCUCCAUCACACGGGCACAGUAUGACUAUUCAGACCACCAAAAUGGUGCCAACUCUUACUACAGCCACGCAGCUGGCCAAGGCUCCGGCCUGUACUCCACAUUCAGCUACAUGAGUCCCAGCCAGAGGCCGAUGUACACCCCGAUUGCCGACAGCGCCGGUGUGCCAUCCGUCCCGCAGACGCACAGUCCUCAGCACUGGGAGCAGCAGCCCAUUUACACACAACUGUCCAGACCCUGAGGGCGACGUCUGAGCACUGACUGCAUAACGGCGACCCUAGACUUCUUCCUGCUCGGUGGCCUUUAUGCCACGUCACCACAUAGCCUUCAUUGCCAACAGAAAAACACGACAAGGACUUCUUUUAAAAAUAUAUAUAUAGUUCUGAAAGUAUACCUUUGGAUUGGCUCACGACAGUGCCUUUUGUAUUGGUUGGAAUUGUGAUUAUAUUUUUUUAGAUAUAAAGUUUAAAAAGUUAAAUCCUCUGUGAGGACAUACAGGUUAUGAAUAUAUUAGUAUGUACUGUGUAUGUGUUCUUCUCUUUUCAUUCUCUCCAUAAAUCAGUGUCAUCAUCAUCGUUGUCAUCACAGUUUCAAAGUGGAACUCACCUAAAGUAACAGGGACUUCAAACACCCUCAGUGGCCUUACUUCUCACCAAUCUAACCUUUUUACAGGAAGUAAGAGAUAUCUGUUAACUGACACUGCCAUCUCAUAAGAGUCUUCAUUUUGCGUUGAAUUUUUGUACUGUAUAUAUGUUUGAUUCCCGUGAGGUGUCGGUAUUGAGCAAUGCAGGUUUGAAAUAGGUUCGGAUUUUUGGCCACGAAAUGACAGUGUCAUCAGUGAAUUAGUCAAAUCUUCUAUGUCUUCUUUGCUUUAGCUCAGUUCGUUGUGUUGGAAAUGCUAUAGCAGGUGCCAUGUAACUCUUUUAGGGGCCUCACUGUGUUGCUAGAUGUGAGAGCGACGCUUGCUUUUACCCGAGUACUGCCUUGAUACCAUUGGUGCCUCUGGAGCCACAGUAGUGAAGUUUCGUCCACUGGCAUUGCGGUGUGGAAGCCACAGCACAGGUCCGACUUCCUGCCUGAUGAGAUUUAGGAAGUGGCCUUUGACCCGACUCUUGUCAGGAGCCAUCAAGUCUGAGUCUUGUGCGCUUCUACCCUUCCUUCUGCCACAUUUUUUUUUGUCCCUAACUUUUUUCUUAAUUUAUUCUUUAGCAUUAAUUUUAUUGAGAAUAACUAUUUGCAAUUAUCUUUUUUUUAAUUCAGCAGCUAUGUGAGGUGAAAUAGGUUGCUGUCAUAUGUGGUACAAAUUUGUUUAUUUAUCAUUUGUAAAUGUUUCCGUAUAAAGGUUUCUUUUAUUCCUGAUCUAGUUAUGUACAGAAUUCUUAAAAUUACAUGAUGAGACUUUCCUCUUAAAGAAAAACUGGAUAUUUUUGUUCUUAUUCUUUUCUUUCUAACAUGUGACUUAAUGGAGAAGAAAGCAGCUGUAAACAAUUUGCUGGAAUCAACAGUCGACGUUCUGUUUUCUGAGAAAAAAGUAAAAAAAAAAAAAAGAAGUUAUUUUCCUCAUUUUAUAUUCUGUAUCAUUAGUUCCCAUUUUGCCAUCUCCUUAAUGCAGUUUCCCUAGGUAAACAUGGCAUUGUCUUUAAAGCUUAUCUUUUGUAUUAUAUUUGUUUGCAAUAAAAAGAAAACACAGAAAUA